CGGACCCGAGCCGGAAUCAGGAAAAAGAAUCACCUUCCACCACAGCCCGCCGAAAAUCACACAAAACUUGCACUUCUCCAGCCGGUGGGCGCACAGACAACGCCGCCGUGCCACUACGCCGCUGCCUGCGCUAUCCAAGCUCUUCCGGCACACAUCUUUCCUUCACCAGUUCUUCUCUCCGCACCAAGGUAUGUUGUUCAGUAGACCCUUUGGUGGUCGCUCCCUCAAUCGCGAUUGGCGAGAACCUGGAGAUCUCCCUUCUAUUGUGGAUGGAGUAAAAUUGGUUGCCAUGCUUCGAUUUUUAUUUCUCUUCUGGAUUCAAACUCGGAUUCGUUUGGUUUAGCCAUCGCGCUCCGACGCGCUGAUGUUCUUGUUCGCACAUGCAGAAGAAUCUGGACCUAGGGAGGCUGUGACUCUAGCCCUCGCAGUUGACUCAACGCUUCCAAAUGGGCAAACCAAGCAAUUACUCCAACGCCGGGAGUUCUUGGGAUCCAGAGAUGGACGAACUGGAUGAGCUAAAGCCUGAGGUUCUGGAUGUCAUCUUCCCUUCUGAUGCCGUCUACUCUCAAAUCGGGGACAACAGCGCAAGCUCUUCAGGAAGCCAUGUGAGAUCCUUUCUCACUGGGAUGGGAUUCUCACCUUUUCUUGUUGAUAAGGUGAUUCAGGAAAAUGGUGAGGACAACGUUGAUUUGCUGUUGGAGAUUCUUGUAGAAAAUUCUGAUGCACAGAAGGCUAGAAAUCAGUCAUCGGAUUCGUUAGAUAGCUUGCUCGGUGACAACGAGGAAGAGGGACCUUCUGCAUUACCGCCAAUGCUGCAGCCUAAAGAGGAGCCUGACAUAUUUAAUGAAGUUGUGGAUGAAAGGCGACAAACCUUAUUGAAGAUGAACUUUUCUGCGACUGAAGUCGACUUUGCCAUUGAUAAGCUAGGUGACAAUGCUUCAAUUGAUGAAUUAGUUGAUUUCAUAAGUGCUGUCCAAGUGGCUGAGCAUGCAGAUGAAGGAACUAAUGGCAUGCCUCAAAACCUGUUUCCAGAAAAAAAGGUUGAUAAUGAUGAAAACUUGUAUGGGACAAUGGAAAAAACACUUCAAUUGCUUGGCAUGGGUUUCACUGAAAAUGAUGUUUCCCUUGCUAUUGAGAGGAUUGGAUCAGAAGUUCCAGUUUUAGAGCUGGCAAACUGCAUUUGUGCUGCUCAAGCUGGUGAAGUCUAUGUUCCCCAAUCCCAGCAAUCAUCACGGGGUAGAGGCACAAAUUCUACAGAAUUCUUUACCCAAACAGACUAUGGCCCAGGAGAUCCACUGACUGAUACUUUGAAAAUGGAGACUGAGCACUUAAGCCAAGAAGAAUCCUCCCAAUCAAGGAAUAAGAAACGGGAGGCAGCUCGCAAAGGAAAAAGACCAAGGCAUGAGCCCCCUUCAGAGCUUUCACAUCUACAAUUCACACCUGGCACCUCCACCGUCGACGAAUACGAAGCCAAGUUAAAACCAGAAUUCAUCGAUGACUUCUUAAGCGCUUACCUAGUUCCAGAAUGGACAGAAGAAGAAAGGGUCAUCGAUUUAACCCCUAGCAGCUACCAAACAGCCUCGCGGAAGCCCUUGAGUCAGGUGCUUUCCAAACCACCCUACUUCUUCUACGGCAACGUCGCCAAUCUCCCCAUGUCUUCCUGGGCCAAGAUGUCGGAGUUCUUGGAUGGUGCGGAACCCGAGUUUGUCAACACCCAACUCUUCUCAGCAUUGACCAGGAGAGAAGGCUACCUCCACAAUCUCCCUACAGAGAAUAGGUUCCAUAUCCUUCCAAAACCUCCAAUGAGCAUCCAAGAUUCAAUACCUCAGUCAAAGCAAUGGUGGCCGGCAUGGGAUACGAGAAGGCAGCUGAACUCAGUGAACUGCGAUGUGGUUGGAGUUCCUCAGCUGUGUGAUAGGCUUGGUCAAAUGCUGCGUGAGUGUCGGGGGAAGCCCACGGCUGAACAGAAGCAGGAGCUCUUGCAUUACUGCCAGAGGUUGAACCUGGUGUGGGUGGGGCCUAACAGAGUGGCGCCUAUUGAGCCGGACUACCUGGAGAUCAUGCUGGGUUAUCCUCUGAACCAUACGGAAGAUUCCGGAGUUAGCCUGGCAGACAGGCUGCAGUCUCUCAAGUACAGCUUCCAGAUAGAUGCACUGGGGUACCAUUUAUCGAGUCUGAAGUCCCUUCUCCCGCAGGGGAUCACAAUGCUGUCCCUAUCGACAGGGAUUGGCGGGGCGGAGGUGGCGCUGCACCGGCUAGGGGUGCAACUGAAGAACCUGGUCUCGGUGGAGAGCAGUGAGGAGAAGAGGAAGAUGCUGAGGAGGUGGUGGAGCAACAGCGCACAGACCGGGGAGCUGGUCCAGAUAAACGACAUCCAGAGGCUGACGAGCAACAAGCUGGAGGAACUUGUUCGCAAGUACGGAUGCUUCGACUUUGUGAUAUGUCAAGACCCUUUCGUACAGCACAGGAAACCAAAGAUGGCGGCAGCUGCAUCCAAUGCGCCUCCGAUGUUUGAUUUCUCGGGGUUCUUCGAGUUCGUUCGUGUGGUUCAGCGUGUGCGGAGCCUAACUGAGGAGCAUAGUAGAAGGUGACAGUUUGUUGCUUGUCAGUUCUGUAAGCUUCCUGUGGCGAGGUGGAGUGCUUGCUUUGAGUAGAGAUCUUUUAGUAGAUUAGAGCAGCCCCUUCCUACUGUAGUCUGUAUAUACGAGUGUGUAAUUUUCCAUGUAAAUUCGGUCUUCUUUGCUCGGUAUUUUGGACUGUGAUAUAGGAACUAGAUUUGUGACAUUGUUACUUUUUAUUGCAGAUUCGGAUAUCUAGUUAGGAAUAAAUGGGCCUGUGUCUA